AUGGAUCAGAGUGACGAUAGGAAGCGUCGGGAGCCUCCGGGUGCCACAGACGAACGACCAUCAAAGAGGUUGACCUCAUCGAUGACGUCCACUCCCGCUACUGCAUCCUCUGCUCCAUCAGAGCCAAUGAGCGGUAGCUCCACUCCCUUGGCCCUUUCGAUCAAUGCCACUGCUAGUACACCAGUCGUCGAAUCAAAGGAUGUACUACUGUCUCAGAAUAGGGAGAUGAAGUUCAAGGUCGAUGAACAGAAGGUUGAGAUCAGAGAACGCGAGAACAAGAUCAGAUUCCUCACAGGCAAGCUCAAGAGCUCUGAAGAGACAUUGAGUUGUCUAUGUAGAGUUUGGCAUCAAUUGAACUAUGGACUAGAGAUGCUGUCGGGCAGACUAGCCAUUGAGUCUACAGAGACAGAUGCAGCAGCGGCGUCAGCACCACAAGUCAUUUCAAAUGUAAUAGCAACAACAAUGGUAGUAGCAACAUAA